AUGGUAGCCUCUGCUCCUAUUUCAAGCGCUAGUCCGCUUCUGCUGGAGGAGGAGGAUGGUGCGAAUGGAAGACCAACCUCUGCUCCUACGUGGGACUCGACCUCCGAGCGCGAAGAAGCAACAAUUGGAGGAGGAGGACAGUGGGGAAGGGGGUGGAUCAUUGGCUGCUGUGAUGGCAUUGGACUGGUUGAGUUGAGGGAUGGGGAGAAGUUGUUCUGUGUCAGUGAGAUGAAUGGAGGGUGGGCUGCUAAGAGGGGAGGUGGCGGUGGGGAAGAGGGUGGCCUUGGGUCUGGGGUUGGGUAA